AUAAGCUUCACCAAUUGGCAACUCCCAAUCAUCACAAAAUACUUUCAAGCCUUUGUUUUCGAAUCAUCCACUUGACAAACAAAUGAUGGGCAUUGCUUAGUCAUCGUUGUUCAUUCGCUUCCAAGUUCCACUCCCUAAGAUAUUUUCCCAAUUUCCCACUUCUCACAGCCACAUCUCUCUACAGUCUCUCCUCUCCAUUUUCACCUCAGUGAGAUAUAGCUUGUCAGGAAUUGGUACUAGUAAUUAAGUUAAAGUUAAGACACCCUUCAACCUUCUCGUAGUAAUUUGUUAGAUUUUCAAGGUGCUCUGUUCUGGGAUUCCUCUGUUGUGUGCUUUUUCUUUGAUAUUUUUCAGUCUGGGAAUUCUUGCAAAGCUUUACAAAAGAAAAGAAUUGUUACCCACAUGGGAUUGGUUCCAAUUGGAAAACCCAGAAUCACAGACCUGGAAAAACAACAACAACAACGAAAAUGGAUUCAAAGUUGCGUUUAAUCCAACAAUCUCUCAACACCCGUUACUCCGAAUGGAUCCGCGAAGCUCUCGAUGAUUUACCAGACAAUUUCACCAUCACGGAUCCUUCGAUUUCAGGCCACCCAAUCGUUUUCGCCAGCCGCGGCUUCUUGAAAAUGUCGCGUUACUCACGAGAAGAAGUGAUUGGGCAAAAUGGGAAGAUAUUUCAGGGGCCGAAAACUAAUCCAAGGACGGUGAUGGAAAUAAGGGAAGCGAUUCGAGAAGAGAGGGGUGUUGAGGUCAGUUUGUUGAAUUACCGUAAAGAUGGUACGCCGUUUUGGAUGUUGUUUCAUAUGAGACCGGUUUUUGGGAAAGAAGACGGAAGGGUGAUUCAUUUCGUGGCGGUUCAGGUUCCGAUUUCGACGAAACAGAGGAGGAACGGAGGGGUGAGUUUGAGUGAGGAUGGGUCGGGUUUGAAUGAGGUUGUGUUUGGGUCUUGUAGGAAGGAAGUUGAUUCCGAUUCUUUGCUGGAAUUGCGUCGCGUUUUGUCCUUGGAUUCGGGUAGUAAAGUAUUAGAUAUCGAAGAGACAUGCAAGGCAAGUGAUUUUGAGGAGCGAAGGGCUGCAACGGCAUUUAACAAUAUCUUGUCUGUGCUAACCCACUGUAGUGAGUUGACCGGCAGAUUGGUCUGUGGGAAGAGAUGCAGUGUACCUGGGGCAGGCUACGUUAGUUCAUCACUAAAUAUAUCACUUGGUAGAAUCAAACAAAGCUUUGUACUAAUUGAUCCACAUUUACCUGACAUGCCUAUAGUUUAUGCAAGUGAUGCGUUCUUAAGAUUGACAGGCUAUGAUAGACAUGAAGUGUUGGGGCAUAAUUUUAGAGUCUUGAAUGGUGUUGAUACAGAUACUUCAACUCUACAUCAGAUAAAGGAAAGCAUUCAAACAGAACAAGCAUGCACAGUACGUAUCUUAAGUUACAGGAAGGACAAAAGCUCAUUUUGGAACUGUCUUCACUUAUCUCCUGUUCGUAAUGCCUCUGGCAAGAUAGCUUACUUUGUGGGCGUUCAGAUAGAGGAUGACUGUAAGAACCGGGAUGGACAUGGGCUGAGUCCUGAGAUGAGGCAACUUAGUGCUGUUGGUGCAGUGAAGGUUGCAGUGAGGACUUCAUCAAUAUCUGCUGGCUCCUCCAAGUCAUAGAUGGCUUCUGUAUUCUUUGCGGCUGUCAUAUAUCACUUACCAAACUCUUGAAAAUCCAGUCUCACAGUGCUUGUAAUCUCAUACUAGCUGAGAAUACUGUCUGUAAUCUCAUCUAGUAGCUGAAAUGUCAAAAUGUAAAAUGGGAGAAAAUUCUAAAUUUAGAAAAAAAAAAAAAAAGAGAAAGGGAAUAAUCAAAGUGGGAUUGUUACAGGGGUUUCCUCGGUAUAAUAGUUUUGGUGAAUAAGUUGUCUUGGCACUAAGCUCAGCUUUGUCAUUACAAAGAAAAUGCAAUGAUCCUAAUGUAAAA